CAUUCGGCAGCCGAGCAAUACGGACGCGGAGUGUCUGUCGACUCGUGAAGUGUUAAGAAGUACUGAGUCUGUUUAAAUUCGGAGAAGCGCGGUGUUUUCAGUGUUCGUAACCGUAGGAAACUAGACAGAUAUUCAAAUAUGGCCGAUCAGGAGAACAAGGACUUCAGCGAGGACGUGGCCGACCAAAGCUUCGAGCAGAACGGUGAGGCCGAAAACGGCGGCGGCGACGCCGCGGAAAAUGGCCAGGAGUCUCAGGAAGAAAGGUCGGCCGGAGGUAACCAGGAGUCUCUGAAUGAUAGGAAAUUGUUUGUUGGGGGCCUUAGCUGGGAAACCACAGAUAAGGAGCUGAGGGAUCAUUUUGGUACAUACGGUGAUAUAGAAAGUAUCAAUGUCAAGACAGAUUCCAUUACUGGAAGAUCACGAGGUUUUGCAUUUAUCGUUUUCGCCAAGGCGGAAUCACUCGAUAAGAUUAUGGCUGCUGGUGAUCACGUUAUUAAUAAUAAGAAAGUCGACCCGAAGAAAGCUAAGGCUCGACAUGGCAAAAUAUUCGUUGGAGGGCUAUCGACAGAGUUGUCUGACGAUGACAUUAAAAAUUUCUUCUCUCAGUUUGGAACGAUAGUCGACGUUGAAAUGCCGUUUGACAAGACAAAGAACCAGAGGAAAGGGUUCUGCUUCAUUACUUUUGAAUCAGAACAGGUUGUGAACGAGCUCCUUAAAACCUCGAAACAAACGAUUAACGGCAAAGAGGUCGACGUGAAAAAGGCAACGCCGAAGCCGGACGGAAUGGGUGGCAUGCGAGGUGGUGCUGGUGGUCGAGGUGGACGCGGAGGUCGCGGAGGACGAGGUCGAGGAUUUGGCGGCCAAGGCGGCUGGGGCCAAGGGGGUUACGGAGGUGGUUAUGGACAAGGAGGCUAUGGAGGCGGUUACGACGGUUACGGAGCCGCCGGAUACGACUACUAUGGUGGCGGAUACGGCGGCUACGGAGGGUACGACUACAGCGGAUACGACGGCUACGGCUAUGGCAGUGGUAGUUACGAUGGUGGCUACAGUGGUGGGCGCGGUGGUGCACGCGGUAAAGGUUUCCCGUCCUAUAACAAAUCUCAUAACUCGUCAAAUCAUCAUUCCAUUAAACCUCCUCACCCUCAGCAAGAACUACGACAACGCAGACAACUGCCGCAGAGCAAACUCAGUCAUCGAGAUUCACAAGAAAUGCAGUAACAGUUUCUCAUAUUGCGUUCGAUCGAUCCAUCCGUAUUAACACGACGGAAGACGUGUUCGUAUACACAUAUAUUAUAUAUAUAUAUAUAUAUACAAGCAUAUAUAUAUGAUUCGUUACUUCCUUUGAUCUUUUGUUUUACCUUUUGUACAAACAAAUUUAUUUCUCACAUUGUCUAUAUUAAUUUCUGCGUCACUUUGCGCACUUGCAUCCAAUUUCUGGUAAUUGCUCUGCAGUAUUAUACGGGAUCGAUAGUGGGGUGUGUCGCUCCGUAAGUAGGAAGGUAGCGCCGAAAACGUAGCAUAAAAGAUAUGUAUGCAACAUACAAAUUCACUAUCUCGACAUACGGAUUAAGCCUUCAAACGAAAUUGCAUGUACUUACACGAGUAUAUUGUACUAGCUGUACGAUGAAUUUAUUUCCUUCUUUGCCAUUAAGAAAGCGAUAAUGUUUUUGUUACUCAUUGGCACUCAAGCAACCGCUGUACAAAGCCCAGCAUUCGGCUUUUCUUGCCCGUUUGGCUAUUACACCGUUUUUUUUGUUUUUUUUUUUUCGGUUUCGGCUAAUCGGUAAGAUUAGAAGGAAACAAAAUUGUCCAUUCGACCAAGUCUGAUUUAAAUGCGUCAUACGAUCAAGCGAGACCUGACUUUGAACUGUACUCGAUUAUCUUCGACUUUUCCUUGUACAUUGCAAUUAAUUAGGCCAUCGCAUUAUGUUGCAAAACCUGAUCGUAAUUUCGUUCGAAGACUUAAUCCUUUCGUCGAGGUGGGUGACGCUUCCUUUGCCCAUCUUUCAUGUUGCGUUUUCGAUGUUACCUUCGAAUUUAAUACGAAGCAAUUGCGAGAGUGGCUCGUGUAAUAUAUGGGGCGAGUUAUCAGGAAAUUGCAACGUAGUGCGACGGGUUAAUUAACCGAUCACAAUGAACUAGGAAAACAAAAGGUAGAAGAAAGUGAAUUAAAUAUGAAAUCAGUAAGGGGGAAACCCAAAUUAUCUCGCUCAACCGUAAGAACGCGGUUGGAGUCGACCGUGUCGAACAUUUUAUCAAUAAGGUUAUUUUAAUUUUGUCUGUAAUUAAAGAGGAAGAACUACUAUUUAUACUGUAGAAAAGUAAGCAGGCAAUGUACUUUUUACACGAAUAUGUUUAAACGCAAAACGUUGUUUAUAAUGAUUACGUGAGACAUAAAGAGGGGUAAGAAGAUUAUUGCUUCCUUAUUGGUAAGAAACAUAGAAUUAAAUAAAUUCAUUUUGUGUACAUAAUGCAUAUACUUGUGCUCGUGUUUAAUUCUGAAUGAAACCUAUAAAGAUGUAGAUCUCAUGACUCAAUCCGUUGCGUGUGUAAGAAUAUAUUUAGUGUAAAAAUUCUGUGUAUGAAGUGGGAACGGUGAUAUGAUAGUCCCUUUUCUUUCCAUUUUGUCAAUCAAAAGAUACUGCCAUUUUUUGAUUCGCAACAUUAACGCGACUACCGAUUUUCUUUCUUCCCUUAGACUUCACAUCAUCGUAGAUUAUGUAUUCGUGAUCGUUCGAGAGUUAGCAAGUCAUUAUUUUUGUAAUUUUACAGUGAGCGUGUCCGAUAGUUGACUCACGAGAUUUUCAAGUAUUCAAAUUAUAUAUAUG